GCAACGAGCCCUGCGUGCGGCAGUGCCCUGACUCCACGGUGGUGAUCCAGCCCCCGGCCUCGGUGGUCACCUUCCCCGGGCCCAUCCUCAGCUCCUUCCCGCAGUACAGCGUUGUUGGCUCGGCGGGAGUCCCCGGUGUCGCUGGGGGCUAUGGCGGCACUUUUGGAGGCUCUGGUGGGUUUGGAUGGUUAGGAGGCUCU